GCCAUGCUUUUUUCAAGAAAGAAAGGAGGACGCCAAUUGAUGGGGGGCAUAGCAGAAAGAUGGAGCGAACUAAGCGGCGAGAAAAAUUGGAAAGGUCUGUUGCACCCUCUUGAUGUUGAUCUCCGCAAGUAUAUUGUUCACUACGGCGAAAGAACGCAAGCUGUCUUGGAUGCAUUCAAUAGCGAAACAACAUCGAAAUGGAUAGGAUUCAGCAGGUAUCCAAUGGAUGGUUUCUUCUCUAGGGUUGGUCUAGAGAAAGGCAAUCCGUACAAGUAUCAAGUGACGAAGUUUUUUUAUGCAAGGUCGGAAAUUAACGUCCUUGAUUGGUUUACCGUCGGGCAGUCCAAUUGGAUAGGCUAUGUCGCGGUGGCCACAGAUGAAGGAAAGGCUGUGUUGGGUAGGAGGGACAUUUUGAUUGCAUGGAGAGGAACUAUGAGAAAUAUUGAAGUGAUCAAGGAUAUUCAAGUGGAUUUAGUCUCGGCGGCUGAUAUUUUCGGAAAAAAUGACGACCCCCAGGUGCACCAUGGCUGGCACUCAAUCUACACCUCAAAGGACUUGCAGUCUGUCUUCAAUAAAACAAGUGCAAGAGAGCAGGUUCUUAGCGAGGUUAGGAGAUUGGUGGAGUUAUACAAGGAAGAGGAAAUAAGCAUAACAAUAACUGGCCACAGCCUUGGUGCGGCUAUUGCUACGCUGAAUGCAGUGGACAUAGUUGCCAAUGGUUAUAACAAGCCGAUGAGCAAACCCAAAAAGGCCUGUAUGGUGACUGUAAUUGCAUUUGCCAGCCCCCGAGUUGGAGAUUCAGGUUUCAAGAAAGUAUUCUCCAGACUCAAAAAUCUCCAUGUUUUACGCAUCAACAAUGCCUUUGAUGUUGUUCCUUCGUUGCUGGUGCUGAUUUACGCCCAUGUCGGCCAAGAAGUGAAUAUCGACAGUAGCAAAUCAGAGAACCUAAAAAUUUUCCCAGAAUUGAUUACAACUAUGUCGCAUGCUCACCAAUUAGAGAUAUAUCUGCAUGGAGUUGCCAUUAAUGGGGCCAAUCAAGAAUUCAGGCCGCAAGUUCAUCGUGAUAUCUCGCUUGUGAAUAAAUACUUGGAUGUUUUGAAGGAUGAAUAUCACGUGCCAGUUGAAUGGUGGACGGAGAGGAAUAAAGGUUUGGUUCAGCAAGAAGAUGGUUCGUGGAAGUUGGAUGAUUAUGUGCCUGAUCCUCCUUCUGAUUGAAUUUGAUUAAUUAUUAAGACUACCAAAAAGUAAUUUUUUUUUUUUGGGUAACUACCAAAAUGUAUUUCAUAUACAUUGGCUAAUAAAUAAAAAUUUUUCUU